AUGCUCCAUAGUCCACAAGACUACCCAGGCGACGGAGCCAUAUUCAAGAUGGUGGCCAAAGGCAGGCAAACCGAUCUGCAAAUACUUGGAACCCAACUUAAAUGUAGCCCAGGCGUUUGGUCUCUACCAGUGGAGCAAAGGCAGUGCGUGUCCCCGGAAGAAGUGGAGCCUCUAUUUUUUCACGAAAAAUAUGCAGACACCAACUGCUUAACGGAAUGCGACGCCAAGUAUUUUAUAGAGGCUUGCAACUGUGUGCCGUUUUAUUUUUAUUUUUCCGGAAUAAAUGUUUGCAAUAUGAAGCAAAUAAAUUGUUUAAAUAAUGCCACUAAAGAAAAAAACUUGGAGGAAAGCCGGUCAAAAUGUUACUGCCCCUCAGAAUGUGAGGAUUAUGAUUACAAAAUAUUAUCAACAUCCACAGAAAUCCAAUUGACCGACUCGAUUGAAAAUCCGCUAAUGUAG